AUGGUUGAUUGUUUUGGGAUUUUUGGUCCCAUUUUCAUUGACAAUGAACAAUUGGUACUUAGUUUCUUGUUUCAGAGUGUGACGAAUGUUGAUUGGGUCUUUUUUAUUGGAGAAGACGUUGUUGCUUCAUGUGAGCCAUAUGUUCCAGAGAUAAGAAGGACUGAGGGUGCCCCAAUUCAAUCAAGGGAAAUCAUGGAUAAUAAAUAUAUCGAUUGCAACGACAUUGGUGUUGAGUAUUUAAACGUUGGUGUCAAUUGUCCAAUGUCUCAAGUUCUCAACAAUCCAUAUACUAAUGUUAUAGAUGUAGUUUUCCCACAAGAUUUGCCUGGGAAUACUACUUCCUUACCCCAAAGUCCACUUGUGGUCCAAUUAAGCCACUUUAAUUGUGGUGGACUGGCAGUCAGCGUAUGCAUAUCACACAAGAUUGCUGAUGGACUGGCAGUCAGUGAGAUUGAGGGACCUUAUCUUGAUGUUCUUGCAAGGUUUGAUAGGUUACUAGGAAGAGGCACCAAGCAAUGGGUUAUUAGUCCAUUACUUCCAAUCGCGACUAUUAAUGAUGAUGAUGAUCAAAACAACAUGAUCCAUCGUCACGAGUGUUUGAAAUGGAUAGACAAACAAGAAACAAACUCGAUAUUAUUAGUGUCAUUUGGUACAGCAAUAUCCUUAUCCACAGAGCAAAUCAAAGAGCUUGCUAUCGGGUUGGAAAAGAGUCAACAAAUGUUGAUUUGGAUAGUGAGUGACGUGUUGUUAAAAAAAGGUGAACAAUUCCAAAUUUCCAAAGGUUACGAAGAGAGAGUACAAGGAAGAGGAGUCGUGGUGAAGGAUUGGGCACCCCAAUUGGAAAUCUUGGGGCACUCAGCAACAGGAGGAUUCUUGACUCAUUGUGGGUGGAAUUCUAUUUUGGAGUCUGUUACCAUGGGAAUUCCAUUAGCCACAUUUCAUAUGGUUUUUGACCAACCGAGGAAUGCAGUGCUCAUCACAAAUGUGCUCAAAAUUGGCAUUGAGGUGAAGGAUUGGGAACGACGUGAUGAGUUAAUUACAUCCACAACUAUUGAGACCACGAUAAGAAAAUUGAUGGCUUCAUCAGAAGGAAAUGAGGUGCGGAAGAAUAUGGUAGAAUUGGGUAAAAAAGUUAGACAAUCCAACAGUGUUGGUGGCGAUUCUAAGAAAGCAAUGAAUUCUUUCAUUGCUCACUUUACUAGAUCCUAG